AUGAACCUGAAAGGCGAGACCUUCGGAAAAGGAAAGAACCGGACCAAAAAGUCCCUCGACGCUCAGGAGCACCUUGCUGAAGGACGCCACCGUGGAGGCGAGGCAAGGAAGGAGCAGCUGGGAAGUGAAGGGUACCAGGAGAUGGGCCACCGUGGAGGCGAGGCGAGGAAGGAGCAGAUUGGACAGGAAGGGUACCAGGACAAGUCCGGAGGAGCGUGUGCUGCCGAGGAAGGCAUCGAAAUUGACGAGUCCACUUACAAGACGAAGAGCCGCUAAUAUGGAUCAUUAUUCAUUAAGCAGAUUUUCUAGCUCCAAGUCCGUUACUUGUAGUUUUUGUAUUAGGGUUUCUAAGUUUGGUUUAACUAGGUUUUUAGGAUGCAUGGCGUUUAGUGUCUUUGUUCUAGGCUCAGCGGUAACCACCAUUUCUAUCCAAUUUAACUCAUA